CACUAACAGCAGAGCGUACAAAACGGAAGAAUUUGUUUCCAUAGUGCAUAAUUUUAUCAAAGAUUUUAAUUGAAUAAUCAAAAAAGCCCCAUGUAAUAAUCAAUUUACAGUGGCAAGACAAUGCGAAUCAUUAGCGUGCAAAUUCAAAGCCAUACACACACACACACAUCCACUGCAUAUUGCACUCGCGCGCUCAUUCAAACGGCGAAUUAUGCGAUAAGUCCAUGGAUAAAACUGCAGUUCGAAUGAUGCAGUCUCAUUUCCCGGGUGAUGCAUUCACGUGAUGGUUUUUGGAGUUUCACGGUUUUGUGAAAUUGGUCCAUUGUUCAGUCGAUUCGGUGCCGUUGUGUGUUGAGUUUCGUUUAAUUUGGAAUCAUGGUGUGAUUUGUUGCAGCAUUUUUUGAUAAGUCGAUUUGAUUUUUUUUUCAGAAUUGUGCGAGAAAAAUAGAAUUGUCUACGUGUUUUGUGUUCCCAGUUUUUCACACAGUCUUUGACAAUGGAUUUCGAUAAAGUGUUGGAAGAUGUCGGCUCAUUUGGAAUGUAUCAAAAAUUAGUUAUAGCCGUGCUUAUGCCGGCCGUGUUACCAUGUGCAUUCCAUGCCUACAGUCAGCUAUUCAUCGCAUCAACACCGAGUCAUUGGUGUCGAAUUCCAGAACUUGAUCCAUGGUAUACGGAUGUACCAGAACUAUUAAAAUCACUCAGUAUACCAUUGGUGUAUCAUGAUGGGCAAACGAUUUAUUCACAAUGCGAAAUGUACUCACGGAAUUACACGGAAAUCGUUUUGAUGCUUCACACCAUGGACACGCAAAAAUUGAGAAACAAAACCGAAUUGUAUUUAGAUCCGAUCAACUCGACAACUCGGAAUUAUGAUAGUAUUAAGUGCAAAGAUGGCUGGAUCUAUAAUAGAACCAUGUUUCCAAAUACAGUUGUUAUGGAGUGGGAUCUUGUAUGCGACAAAAGUUUCUAUCCAGCAUUGGCACUGGUGGUAUUUGGAAUGGGUGGCUUGAUCGGAAAUUAUCUGUAUGGUUUCCUGCAAGACUAUUGGGGCCGACGACCAUCGUUCUUUGUGUAUCUAUUUCUGGAAAUAGUCGCUUGUGCGUUGAGCUCAAUGACAUGGAACUUCACAUCUUGGUUGAUAUUUCGAGUUGUUGUCGGAUUCACAGUUCCUGCCAUUUUGGCCAGCCCUUAUGUUCUAGCAAUCGAACUGGUUGGACCAAAGCAUCGUGUAUUCUGCACCAUCGUUCUCAACAUCGCCUAUUCCAUUGGAUUGGUUUUGUUGUCGGGAAUAGUGUAUUUCGUACGGGAUUGGCGUUACCUUUCGUUGGCUGUAUCACUCCCACUUCUGUUGCUAUUUUUCUUCUUCUUCACUCUGCCGGAGAGUCCGCGUUGGCUGGUGGCUACCGGAAAAUAUCGUCGUGCUGCUCGUAUCAUGAGUGAAAUGGCACGUUUGAAUGAAAAAGUGAUUCCAGACGAUUAUGAAGAGGUAUUGCGACGUCAUUUCGAUCCAAGCAUCGGUGCUGCGUCAACCGAGCAAACAAGCGAUGUCAAAUCAUCGAAUAUUGGUGUACUUGAUCUAUUUCGUACAUCAAAUAUGCGCGCAAAAACAUUAAUCAUUACAUUCAUUUGGUUUGCCAAUACGUGCGUUUAUGUUGGCCUAAGCUAUUAUGCACCAGCCUUGGGAGGCGAUGAAAUUUGGAAUUUCUUUUUAGCCGGAGCCGUUGAAUUGCCAACAUAUCUAUUUUUAUGGCCAGGUUUGAGUUGCAUCGGACGACGAUGGAUUUUAUGUGUGUCGAUGUUGGUCGGCGGUAUUGCAUGCUUGCUCACAUUUUUGGUGCAGGAAGAUCAAUUCAUUAUGUUGAGCCUGUAUUGCAUUGGCAAAAUGGGCAUUUCAUCGGCAUUUGUCGUACUGCCGUUGGCUGCGUCUGAACUGUAUCCGACCGUUGUACGUGGAUUGGGCAUGAGCAUUAGCUCGGUCAUCGGAAUGAUUGGACCUAUUGUUAUACCGGUCAUCAAUUAUAUGGGAAGCAAUAUGUUGGUACUACCCCUGAUUAUAAUGGGAUGCUUACUCACACUGGGCGGUAUCGCCAGUCUGUUUUUACCAGAAACGAUGAACAAACCGUUACCACAGACUAUCGAAGAUGGUGAAAAUGUCCCUCUAUCCAAUCCAUUUACAUGCUUAUGUCUACAACGCAAUCGACAUCUAACAACCGAAUUGAAAUCAAUCAACAAAUAGAAUAAACAUUCAUAUUUAUUAAUAAAUUUAAUAAAAAAUAAAUUAAUAUUGUUUCGUGUGUUGAAAAGUGUUGAAUAAACCAAAGUUAUUUUGGUCUAGAAUAAAA